GAACUAAAGAAAGCAGCAUUGAAGGUGAUAGCGUAUCUCUUCAGCACUGAAGGUGAUAGAAUUUCAACCAACCAGUAAAAACUCGGAUAAACUCUUUAGACCCUGCGUCUGUGCUCUUUUGUCUUACUUUGGGAAAGUUUUCAGAAUGAAUUUCCUGCGAAGGCGUCUCUCAGACAGUAGUUUUGUGGCUAACUUGCCAAAUGGUUACAUGAUGGACCGUCAGCAUCCAGAUAAUUCCACCAGCAACCCUGUUUCCCCAGCAACAGAGAGGAGGCAGCAGCCAAUACAGCAACCUGCUGCUCUUUCUUCUGGCACCAGCAUCUUCAACUCCAUCUCCAGUGCCAUGAAGCAAACCACACAAGCAGCUGCAGGACUCAUAGAGCAGUCAGCAAGUCCUAUCCCUGUAGCCCAGCAGAAACCCCAAAUUCUCUUGAUAAUUGAUGAUCCACACACAGAUUGGGCUAAAUAUUUUCAAGAAAAGAAGGUGAAUGGGGAAUUUGAGAUCCGAGUGGAACAGGCAGAGUUUUCAGAACUCAACUUGGCUGCCUAUUCAACUGCUGGCUGUAUGGUUGACAUGCAGGUCAUAAGGAAUGGCACAAAAGUGGUCAGAUCCUUCAAACCUGAUUUUGUUCUCAUCCGGCAGCACGCCUACAGCAUGGCCCUAGGAGAAGAUUUCCGCAGCCUUAUCAUUGGCCUCCAGUAUGGUGGAGUCCACAGUGUCAAUUCACUUUUCUCUAUCUACAAUUUCUGCAGUAAACCCUGGGUGUUCUCUCAGCUAAUUAAGAUUGUCAGCUCAUUGGGCCCUGAGAAGUUCCCUCUUGUAGAACAAACAUUCUUCCCAAGCCAUAAGCAGAUGCUCACAACACCAGCUUUCCCAGUAGUCAUCAAGCUAGGACAUGCUCAUGCAGGAAUGGGGAAGGUGAAAAUUGAGAACCAGCAUGAUUUCCAAGACAUUGUAAGUGUGAUAGCCAUGGCCAAAACUUAUGUCACAACAGAGACUUUCGUUGACUCCAAAUACGAUAUCCGAAUCCAGAAAAUUGGCAACAAUUACAAAGCUUACAUGAGGACAUCAAUCUCUGGAAACUGGAAAGCAAACACAGGUUCUGCCAUGUUGGAACAGAUCGCCAUGACUGAGAGAUACCGGCUCUGGGCAGAUUCUGUUGCAGAGAUGUUUGGCGGCCUUGACAUCUGUGCAGUCAAAGCUGUUCAUAGCAAGGAUGGGAAAGAUUAUAUCAUUGAGGUGAUGGACAGCUCAAUGCCUCUAAUAGGAGAGCACGUGGAAGAAGAUAGGCAGCUUAUAGCUGAUUUGGUGGUCUCCAGGAUGACACAGGCUUUAAUGAUUGUGGGAUCUUCUCCUUCACCUCUGAGGCCUUGGCCUCCAUCACUGAAAUCACAGAUGCAGCCACAGUCAGGGCCACAUCUUGGACAGCUUUCCCAACCCCGACCACCACCUCAAGGUGGCCCAUGGCAGCCUCACGGAUCACAGCCAGGAGCCCCACCACAGCAAAGGCUGUCCCCACAGGGCCAGCAACCUCUGAGCCCUCAGUCCACCUCAUCACAGCAGCAGAGGUCCCCUGGAUCUCCCCAGCAAACUAGAUCAUCAGCAGGAAGCUCACCAAACCAGCCUUCCAAAUUAGGCACGUUUCCCUCCCAGCCGCCUCGACCUCCGGCACAAGGAUGGGCUCCUGGCCAAGGAUUCAGCCAACCUUCCAAGCAGCACCCUCAUCUAAACAAAUCACAAUCCUUGACAAACACCUUUAACAUCUCAGAAUCUUCACAGCGAGGUAUUACCAAUGAAGAUGAGGCAAAAGCUGAAACCAUCCGCAACCUGAGGAAGUCGUUUGCUAGUCUGUUUUCUGAUUAGUAUUGCAAUCCAACCUUAGAGCAAUUUUGGAUACUUGGGCCUUCUUUCCUUGCAGAUUCCUCAUUCAUUUUAUAUUUCCCUAUACAAAUUUGUCCUUAAAUGUAUCGAUUGUUACAGAUUCUUGUAUGGUCUAUUCAUAUAUACCGCAAAG